AUGUGGCUCAAAUCCUACCUAUCCAGAUGCGUUUAUCUAGUCUACUUCCACGCCUUGUCCAUGUAUGAUGGGCCCUUCCUCGCCAAGUUUACAACGCUUUACUCGGCGUACCAUGCAUGGAAGGGCGACAUCCAUACGGACAUUUACCGCUGCCAUCAAAAAUACGGCGACUAUGUCCGCUAUGCGCCGAACCGUCUCGCGAUCAACACCGCACAAGGCUUGCAAGAGAUCUAUGGCCAUGGCAACAAAGUUACCAAAUGCUCAACCUACAAAUUUCUCGCACAGCAGGCGCCAAACACUCUCACCUUCACAGACAAAGCUCAGCAUGGCAGUCGGCGGCGAGUCCUGAGCCAGGGAUUCUCCGAGAGCAGCCUGCGUCUUUUCGAGCCCAAAAUUCACAUCAAGCUUCAAAAGCUCGUGUCGGUCAUUAAAGGCCAGCAGCAUGAUGGCGAAUGGACCGUCCCGAUAGAUAUGGCUGCAACAUUCUCCAACUUCGCUUUCGACAUGAUGACAGACAUCAUCUUCAGCGCCGACUACAACACCAUGUGUGAUGCGAAUUUCCGCUACGCAAUGUCAGCAGUCGAGGAAUCCAACAUCCGUCUUGGUGUGCUCCUGCAGUCGGAGAGCCUUGCCACCGGCGGUAUCGACCGCAGGCUCUUUCCCACGUCCGUCGCAGCUGGCCGUCGGUUUGUGAAAUUUCUAAGGAUUCUUCUGAAGCAUCGAUUGCAGGCCGACAAGUCCACAGUCGAACCUCAUUCGCCCGACUUUUUCUCCUUCCUCGAGAAAUGCCGCGAUCCCAAUACUGGCAAAGGCCUCAGCACUGCCGAAGUGAGCACAGAGACGGCCACAUUCGUGGUGGCAGGCUCAGAUACCACAUCAACUACUCUGGCCGGCCUUGCCCAUUACCUGACGGGUUCUUCCAAAUGGUACCGCAACGUGGCGGCCGAGAUUCGAUCGACGUUCACUUGCCUGGAUGACAUCAAACUGGGCCCUAAGUUGAAUUCAUGCGUUGCCCUACGCGCCUGCAUGGAUGAAUCCCUUCGCCUUUCGCCUCCAGGGGGUAGCGCCCUGUGGCGUGAGGUUGAGACCGGCGGAGCUCGGAUCGAUGGUCAGUUCAUCCCAGAGGGAUGUGACGUUGGUGUUGGCAUAUACUCAAUCCAUCAUGACCCACGGUACUGGACAGAUGCCCUCGAAUUCCGACCAGAGCGAUGGCUCGAAAGCGACAAGAAGGGUAAACAGCCGUACAUGCCGUUCUCGAUCGGCCCUCGCAGCUGUGUCGGAAAGCCGUUAGCUAUUGCGCAAGUGAUGGUGACUUUCGCGCGGUUGCUCUUCGAGUUUGACAUUCGGCGCGCCGACAGUGCUCCGUCAUGGUCGGAGGAUGGGGUUGAGACUAUGCCCGCCGAGUAUGCUUUGGAGGAUCACGUAUCGGCGAGAAAAGAAGGCCCGGUGCUGUGCUUCAGGUCUCGGAGAACCAACAGCGAGGUUUGA